AUGGCUCGCAAGCCUACUGUCCAUGAUGCCGAUGGCGCAGGGAACUACACCGCGUACCAGCUCCUCCUGCAUAGGAUAGUAGGCUCAACCAUCAAGCAGCCCCGUCUUAAAACACCAUCCAACAUCUGGCGGAAGUCUCGUCAGAGCGAGAUUGAAGAGGCCACACGCCGCCACGCGUUGGAAAAUGGCCUAAAGCCUAAGCAAGUACCCGCUGCUCGAGAGCGAGAGAAGGAAGAAUGGGAGCGACAGGCGAAGGAGGAACAUGAGCAGGACCUAGUGAGGUGGAAGGCAGAUACUGAGGGGCCGCUUCCCAACGACCCAGACUUUCAGCAACAAUGCAUUGAAGCUCUCCCUCUUCUCAUGCAGCCUCUCCUCGAUGGAAUACGCGCCUGCACAGGUCUUAACACCACGCUGCUCUUCGGCGGACCCGAACCUGCGGACGGCGGUCGCAUGAAAGUGUUUGGAAUGCAUUCUGGGCACAUACCUGACGACCCUACCAUGAACUUCGGCCGCGCAGAGCGAAAGCGGUACGACGAACACCUUGUUCCUAUCUUUGGGGAUUUCCUGCGAUCCGCCUAUACCCCGGAAGAGUGCAAGGCUCGCGCGUUACCCAAUGAACAUAGGUUCUCAUUGGCAGAUCAGCUAUCAGAUGAGGACGGCGUCAAUGUAAACACAAUCGAUUUUGUGGGUCAUCAGUCCAACAAUGAAGUUUCGGAUUCUUCGACGUCAACACACCUGGUGCCACUACCUCCAGCCCCUGUGCCCUCUGCAUCUGCCCCUCCGAUACCUGCCCCUCCUUCGGCGGCACGUGCCGUGCCAACGCUUCCGACAACAAAAGCAAGGCCUCGAAUGCGUGCGGCUCCAACGCCAGCGCCUCUGGCGUCUACCUCAUCGACGGCAACACUUCUCAUGCCAAUACCAUCGCUGCCAUGGGCACGGACAUCGAUACCGUCCACGUCAACUCGAGCCCAUUUUUUCCUGCCGCCUUUACCGGCUUUCCGUGCAGCGGCGCCCGCUGACUUUCCAGUGAUAGUGGGGCCCAUAGACCCGCCAGCCACAUCGAGAAGACUCCGACUCUUAGAAAACCCAGCGGGUAUUCCUCCUCCAACGGCGCCUGAUCAUGCCCGAGUAGAACAUGCAAUACUACCACCACCGAGAGCACCGGCACCCAUACCAUCAACGACAUCGAUGCAAAACCCAUUUAUGUCAUUUAUACCUACCUCAACGCAGGUUUGUCCUCCACCGGCACCUGCUGACACUUGGAUGGAAUACAUGCCGCCAUCGCCGUGGACGUGGACACCGUCAACGACGUCGAUACAAGGCAGAUAUCGACCUCCUGUACCAAAUUUUCAUCCAGCAGCACCUGUUCAUGUUCGACUGGAACCUGUAGUGCCGCGAGUGCCCGAGAUACCCACAUCGUCCCCGACAUUGACACCCAGAAAGACUCAUUUUCAGCCUAGCCCUAUGCCAAUCUCCCAUCCAGCGACAGCUGAAUUUACGACGGCACCCGCUUAUGCUGUAGUACACUCUCCACCACAGUCGCAUACAUUGUUGAUGACACCGACGCCAACACAGCCCCAAUCUCCAACGCCUAUCCCUGCACCGAUUUCCCCUCCAGCACCUGCUUCAGCCCAAGUGGGGCCCGCAUGGUCAUCGAUACCUGUUGGAAUUCAGAUGCUGUACGAGUUGCCGUUCGCAAAUGAGGACGCAGGUGUUGAUCCAGAUCCUGUCUCUUCAGACAACCUUCCAGCAUCCGAGUCGCCCUUUUCUUCUGCUCCUGCGAAUGUCGUUCCAAUUUCACCCAUUCCAGUGGCCAUACCAUCUCAACCUGUAGCAGCACCUCUCAUUACUUCACCACCAGUCAUCGUGGACCCGGAACCCAACGCGAUCGAGGUACACCCACCUUCUACAAGCGGCCUGAACGUUGACGACGAUGGACCCGAGCAGCGGUAUCCCAAACAUCGGCCAAACUUCCGCGAAGCGUCCGCCCCCAGCUCAAAGCGUGUCCACCUAACGACCUCCGCUGCCUCUUCCUCCUCUACACCCAUUGCUCCACCGUCAGAUGCCCCAGACUGGCUUCCACCCGCCCUCUCCAUGCUCCAACAAGGGUCACUAGGCGAACCAUGGAUUGCCCUCGUCCGCACCUGGCUCUCCUUCGAGGUUCAAUCCCACUACGAACCCGUCGCCAACCUCAGCGCGACCCACCGCCCGCCCGCAGUACGCGACUGGAUCCAGCGUGCCCGUGCUCCAGCCUGGCGGCCGCAAAUCCCCAACGUCGGCAAGUACGGAGCCCAGUUCUGGCGGUGGUGGGCUGGGUUGCAGCCCAGCUGGAGGCGUGACGAGGAUGGGGACGUGGUGAUGGGUGCAGUAGAGGGCGAUUGGGAGCCGUUGAGACGCCCAGGUGUGAAUGGGUUGUUGAGCGUGCUGGUCGCGCUCUUCUUUUGGGGUGGUAAGGUGCAAAAGACGCGUGUGGCGAAGGAGAAAUGGCUGUUGGCGGUGAAAGAUGUGCACCUCGCGAUGUCGAAGGUCAGCGAGCUGCUAUCUCCGGAAUGA